GGAGGAGUAAGGCCGCCUGCGUUGAACAAGUAGGCAAAACUGGAAUAAGGAACGAAGCGACAGAGAAAUUGAAUCACAUUCCCAUCCAGUCAGCAUGCCAUUUGCUGCUACCACUAUUCGAUAGUCGCUCGGUCAGCCAACCCACCAGCCCGUUCAAUUGAACCCUCCUCAGGAGAGAUUGCAAUUGAAUCCAGAGAAGCAAUUGAGUCCCCAAAAUAAUCAAGCGGCCCCCUGAGGUUGGGGAUUUUUAUUUUUUAUUUUUAUUUGGGAAGGUUGGCGAGGGAGGCAGCGUUGGAUGCAGUAGUACCGUAGUUGGGGGGCAUUGGGGUGAUUGAUGGCAUCAUCGUCAUCAUGUAGUUGGGUUGGGUUGGGAUAGUUCAAUUGGGUUGGGGUAGUAUUCCUAAGAUUAUAUUCCCACUGGCCUGGUUCAUUCUCCAAAAUGGACGACGACAGCGACUCGUGUGGGAUGCUAAAAGGCAGCUGUAGUGCGAGUUCUCCACCUGACCCUCUCAGCGGCAAUAUUAGUGUAGUAGCGCUUGUUUCCAUGCCAACGGGAUCAUUUACGGCACCGGGGAUGUCGAAUAGGACGAGGCGUUUCGGUGCUCUAGGUCAGUGGCGGGAGUGAUUGCUGUAUUGACAUGGGAGUCUCACAUCGCACUCGUGCUCCCCUACCUGAUAUCUAGGCGAUGACACCCAGUCUCGUCAUCUGAAGCUGAGAAUGGAUUGUAGGGCAUGUUUGCUGGAAAAGGAGAUUUGAGAUAGACGCGGAGCUGUUCAGUGCCAGUUUACGAGGAGUGAAGUAUGGAACUUGUUGACAGGAGACGUCUAUCUCCUGAUGAUCAUAACUUGAAAAGAAGAAUGAAGACACCAGUACAGCUAGAAGCUUUGGAGAGGGUGUUCGCAGAGGACCGGUACCCUGCAGAGGCAGUUCGGGCGGAGCUCUCCACUCAGCUUAAUUUAUCUGACAAGCAGCUACAGAUGUGGUUCUGUCACCGACGUUUGAAAGACAGGAAAGGGAAAGACGAAGAUAGUACAAACGUCAAUGCGAAUGUUAACGCCAAUGCUAACGUGGCUCGGAAAAAGCCAAGAACUGAAAAGCAGAAUAUGACGCAGUAUCCCGGAGCUGUUCUUGCCUCAGAACCUGGUGGUGCUGCGGUGCUCCCUCGUGACCAAUUUGCGGAGGAAUAUCAAUACGAAAACUCAGAAAGGUUCACCCCAGAGCAGGAGCUGAAGCCACGCUCCAGGAAAUCUGGUCCAAGGGAUGGUUCAUUUCCUGGCAAAAGAAGGAAUCAGGCCCUCUCUGCUAGGGUGGCCAAGGCAGAGGCGGCUGCUAUAGCUGCAGUUGAGGCGCAGUUGGGGGAGCCCCUUAGAGAAGUUGGUCCUCCUCUGGGACUGGAAUUUGAUCCUCUCCCUCCCGGUGCCUUUACUACACAUGUCGAGGAAAUGCCUGCGGAGCCCAGACCUGCCAUGGAGCAAGAGCAGCACUUUCCAACUGAGAGAUUGUACGAGACUCCAGAGGCGCAAAACAACACGAUGUUUGAACCGUCUGCAACCCUGGGCCUGGCCACCAUGCCCAAUCUAGGAGGAACUAAGCGGAAGUCUAUGGGACCCCCAUCUACUGAUCCCCAUCCUCUCCAUUAUGAAUCCCGUCCUGUCAGAGAAUACCAGUUCUUACCCGAACAGCCAGAACGCUUGGAAGAAAAUCAGUAUUUCGAAAGACCAACACCGCUGAAUUUAUUUCCAGCCCCUGAGAGAACUACUUUGGAACUGCUGCAACAGUCGAGGUUGGAGGAGGUCAGGUUACAAAAAGAGUACGAGCUUCAUGAGAAAAAAUUACGAAAGGAGUUUGAAAAACAAGAGGUUCUCAGGAGGAAGCGAGAAGAACAAGUACGGAAAGAGCAAGACAGACUAGAAAAAGAGAGGUUGAGAGAAGAAGAGAGACUUCGUCGCGACAGGCUAAAAGAACAGGAGCGUAUUCAGCGAGAACAAAAGAGGGAAGCUGAGCGCCUGGAGAAGGAAAGCAAAAGGAUGGAAAAGCAGCGACGUCGGGAAGAAGCACGCAAAGAGAAACAAGCUGCUAAGUUAAAGGCUGCCAACGAAAGAGCUCUUGCCAAGAGGCUAGCGAAAGACAUGACGGACCUCAUGGAUGAUGAGGAAUUGGAGCGAAUGGAAGCGUCUGCAGCUGCGUCUUCUCUGAAUCUAGCAUUCUUUGCGCCCUUUGGGAAGAAUGGGAUGGACACCUCUCAGGUUGUGCUCAAGCCCUUCCCACCUCCUAAUGUCCGGAUGAAGCCUGUAGUGGCAAUCCAGCCCUGGUCCAACUCUGAUCAGAAUAUCGGAAACCUACUACUGGUGUGGAGGUUUUUGACAACCUUUGCGGAUGUUGUUGGAUUGUGGCCAUUCACACUGGAUGAGCUUGUUCAAGCAUAUCAUGAUUAUGAUUCUAGAUUACUUGGAGAGAUACAUGUUGCGCUUUUAAAAACAUUGGUUAGAGAUAUUGAGGAAGCAGCGCAGGCAGUUUCUGGUGGUAUGGUUGGUCAACGGGAUGCAAUUGCUAUGGCCGCGGGUGGCCACCCCCAACUUGUCGAGGCUGCGUUUGCAUGGGGCUUCGACAUCAGGGAAUGGGGAAAGCACGUGAAUCCUCUAACUUGGCCAGAAAUUCUGCGGCAGUUUGCUUUGGCUGCCGGUUUUGGACCUAAGUGGAAGAAACGGAAGGUUUUACCUGAUCGGUCGAAAGAAGUUCCAGCUGAGGGAGAGGACGGAGAGGAUAUUGUGGCCAAACUUCGAUCUGGUGCGGCAGCUGUUAAUGCAGUUGCGUCUAUGCAAGGCAGAGGGAUGGGUCAUUUACGCCGCUCCCAAUACAGGUUGACCCCUGGGACAGUGAAGUAUGCUGCUUUUCAUGUUCUAUCUCUUGAAGGCGAGAAGGGCCUAAACAUUGCUCAGGUGGCGGAUCGUAUUCAGACAUCUGGAUUGCGCGACCUGAGUAGCAGUAGAACUCCAGAGGCAUCCAUAGCUGCUGCUCUCUCACGCGACACUGUCCUGUUUGAGCGAACUGCACCUUCGACGUACUGUGUACGACCUCAAUUUCGCAAAGAUUCUGAGGAUGCUGAAGAGAUCUUAAGUGCUGCAAGGGAGAGAAUUAGACUUUUCCGAAGUGGUCUUGUUGAUGGAGAAGCUGACAAAGACGUUGAUGAAGCGGAUAGAGAGGAGUAUGAAUCUGAAGGGCAGGAUGUCGACGAUGUAGAGGACCUGGAAGAGGAGGAUUUGGAGGAUGGUGUUCCAGGUUCUAGUGAAAAGAAAGGUGAUGUGAAGACUGAAGAUGCGAAAGAUGAAUCUGAUUCGAAAGAGACUAAAACUGUGACAACGUCGCAACAGAAAAUACAUCCGAGCUCUGAGCUCAGCGAGGGAGCUAAUAAUGGAUUGUCAAAAGCUAAAGCAGUAAGUGUAUCUUCUAAGCGAGAAAUAGAUGACGAAGAGGAUGAGGAAGAGGAAGAAGAGGAACACAACUUGGGGAAGGAUGACAGUCUGCAGGAGGACCAAAAGACUGGGAUCCAACUUGAAGAAGAAACCGAAAUUGAUGAGAGUCAGGUCGGAGAGCCGUGGGUGCAGGGUCUUGUGGAAGGAGAGUACGCAGAUCUCAGCGUUGAAGAACGAUUGAAUGCGUUGGUGGCAUUAGUUACUGUUGUCAAUGAAGGCAAUGCUAUUCGUAUUGCUCUCGAGGAGAGGCUUGAGGCAGCCACUGCUCUGAAGAGACAGAUGUGGGCAGAAAUGCAAUUAGAGAAAAGGCGUCACAAAGAGGAAUUGUUAUCUAGAUCUCAUUUUUCACUCCUCCCUGGUACCAUCAAAACUGAUGGUGAAAGUCCUGAUCCAGAGCAUAUGACAUCGGGAACCUUAGCACUGUAUGAUCAUGGACAGCUGGAUAUGAACAUGCCGAACACCGACGGUACUGGAUAUAUAGAAGCCUUUGCCGGAAAUGGGAAAUCCUUCAAUGAACUUUCUAAUGGCGUAGUUGCACAUGAAGCUGGUCCCUCCGCAGGUGCAGUUUCAGGUAAUCAUUUGGCAGAGAAGUCCCGCGCACAGGCGAAGGCAGAUAUUGGUCUUCGGGCUGAAGAGCUCUACGUGUUCCGAUCGCAACCAUUAGGAUCCGACAGAAGACAUAAUCGUUAUUGGCAGUUUGUCACUGGCAAUGGCGGUCAGGAUCCAGGAUGUGGGCGACUCUUCUUUGAAUCCAAUUCUGAUGGCUGCUGGGGCGUUAUUGAUACAGAAGAGGCGUUUGAUGUACUAUUAGCAUCACUAGAUCCAAGGGGUGCCAGAGAAGCCGCACUUACUGCCAUUCUCAACAGAUUAGAAGGUACUUUACGGCAAGGUAUGAGGUUGAAGGCUUCUGACACGGCAAAUUCUUCACCUAUCAAGGGGUCUACCACCAUCCCCAAUAAGCAUCCUGGUUUGAAAGGAAUUGAAGAAAGUCCAGUGAGCAGUAUUUCAGGUUCUGAGAGUGAUUCUCCAGCAGUUCUGAGUGCCAUUUCUGUGGAGCUGGGAAAAACUUCCAGGGAACAAAAGCAGGCACUUGAGCGCUACAAGGAGGCAGAGAAAUGGAUCUGGUCAGAGUGUUCGACAGGUGGUUCCGCACUAAAAGCAACAAAGGCUGGUCUGCGAAGAGAGGCGCGUGUGUUGGUUGUUUGUGAUGUGUGCCAUGAGUUGUAUACAAGCAAAGACAAGCAUUGCCAGUGUUGCCAUGCGACUUUUGACAAAUCAUCUUCACCAAGAGUGUUCUCAGAACACACUCGGGAUUGUGAGGAAAAAAGACGCAAGUGUGAUCCGAAUUGGAAACUGCAGGGACCUGUUGCUUCUAUGCCGUCUCGUCUUCAGCUUCUGAAGACAGAAAUUAUAAAGAUUGAGAGUGCUAUUCCUACCAAGGCGCUUAAUAAGGAUUGGACUGAUCAUCAACGCAAAUUAUGGGCUGCGUCUGUGAAAGCUGCAACUGAACCAAAUCAGGUUCUUCAGGCCCUCACUAUCCUGGAGAGUAUGAUUGAACGUGACUGGUUGUCCUCCACGUACGAAACAACAGAAGAGAUUGCGAGUGCAGCUGCUGAAGCUAAUGGCUUUGGAAACCAGGGCCUCAUACCAUUUUGGGUGCCUCCAACAACUGCAGCUGUGGCCCUUCGAAUUCGCCUGCUGGAUAAUGCUAUAGCAUACAGUCAAGAAGCGAAGGAAGAGCGUGAGAAACAGGAGAUUGAGGAUGAGAUAAAUCAGAAAAAUACAAAGAUGUCAACAUUCAGAUUUUCACCUGAGGGUCUACCCGGUGAUCAAGAAGAUGAACAACCAACUGAUGUGUUGGAGACAGCUCCGAGCUUGAGUGGCAAGGGUAGGAGCCGUGUUCGUUCCAGUGGGGGUGGUAGGGUACGCGGGGGGAAGGGAAGUCAAGGUGCACAAACCGGACAAACCGGGGGUCGUCGUAGAAGCACCGUCAGUGCUGGCGGAGGAUCAAAGUCCAGAGUAAGGUCUUCAAACAGUGCAACAAAGUCGGGUUUAAAACGAAAGCUUCAAUUUCAAGAGGGAGCUGAAGAGGCAGCCCCUAGCGAUCUCAAGCAAUGGGGUGGUGCUGCUAAGGGGCGAAGUGCCAGGUCUGGUGGCAGUCGUGGUGGGAAAUCCACUGCCCGUCGUUCCAGUCGAGGUCAAGCAGGCCCACGCUCUCGUGCACGUCGCGGUCAGACUGGGGCACGGAGGCUGGGACAAAAACAGAGGAAUCCUAACGAUUUAAUGGUUCCUUCUGGUAGAAGUCAAUCGAAGAUAGCCAAGGCAGCGUCGGAUUGCGCAGCAGCCAAUCCUGACAGAGAAGACGAUGACGAAAUGGAGGAAGUGAGUAACGGAGGCGACUCACAAGCUGGCUAUGCUGACGAAGGGUACGAGGAUGGUGAUCAAUACGAUGCUGAGGAGAACAACGAUGAUGGGGACGCAGAAGAACAGAAUGGCUCAGAUUUGGGUGAGCGUAUGGAAGAAGGGGAAGAGGUGGACGAGGAACAAGCGGAGGAGGAUGAAGGGGAGGAAAUGGAUGAGGAAGGGGAGGAAGAGCUCGAGGAUGAUGAUGGUGAUGGAGAAGGUCAGGAGGAAGAUGACGGGUAUGACAAAGAAGAGCCAAGAAGAAAUGCUUAUGAGAGAGGAGGACGAAGCAGCUAUGGUAGGGCUGCUGAGGAUGAGGGAGAGGGGGAAGAAGAGGGUGAGGGAGGUGGCGAUGAAACGGAAGAUGAGGAUGAUCAAGAAGAGAGGCAAUCGUACAGUGAUGAAGAUUGACGUGCUGCUCUCUGAAAAGAAUGCGGACAAAUGGAAGCUAUCGGACAUGGGAACCAAUCAUUGAAUGAAGUCCAAUUACCAUUCGUCACACUUUGGCUGGAUUGUCUGCAGAAGCUUCAAAGUUUUGUGUAUAGAUUAUUGCCUUUCUUGAGCACCUUGCUCCCCUUUUACAGUGAAGUACCAUAAACUAUUAGCUUUGGUUGAUGCUACCUGUUGCAAGUUACUGUUCUUCUGAAGUUGUCUGUAGAAUAUAGCAAUCCUGAAAUAUGAUUUAGUAAGAGUCCCAAUUUUGCUGUCUGACUUUAGCAGGUGUGCUACUAUGGUGUCUCCUGUAAGUAACUUCUUUUGGGCCCAAUAGAAGCCCUUUGGAAGCCCAUUGGAAGCCCAUUUGAAUAGCGGUCUUCAGGGCCUUGUACAUUCCCUUAAUCAUUUUUUUCUUCUUAUGAUCGUCA